AUGAGGCGGUGCGGUGCCCUGGGGUAUCCCAAUCAGCGCCCGUCCGCACAAAAAGCCGAGGUCUGGCUGGAAGGCUCUCAGCGGAGACCAGGGCCGGCCCAUUGCCGGGACGGGGGAAACUGAGGUCGGAGAGGGUGAGGCCACCGCCAGGACCUGAGGGACCUUGUGGACCCAGGGUCUCACAGAAUCAUGGACUGAAUCCAGCUGGUCCCCACUGCACAGAUGGGGAAACUGAGGCCUGGGCAAGUGGAGUGGCUGGCCCCUGGCCACACAGGAAGAGAGGAAAAGGGGGUUCAGAGAGGUUUCAUUACUGUACAAGAUCGCACAGCCAGCCAAGGCAGAGAUGGGGUUCAGCGUCUGUCUUGCUGGCACCCGCUGCAUGGGCCCCCUCUGCUCUCACAGACCCCGACCCUCCCAGAGCCUUCUGCUCUUGCUGUGGACCCUCCUGAACUGUGUUUUGGGGAGCGGUGCUCAGGGUCCGGGGGAGUGGACGCCCUGGGGGUCCUGGAGCCGCUGUUCCAGCUCCUGUGGGCGGGGCGUCUCCGUGCGCAGCAGGCGCUGCAUCCGGUUUCCCGGGGAGGAAUCGUGCUCGGGGAUCAGCCAUGAAUACCGCCUUUGCCAGUUGCCGGACUGUCCCCCAGGGGCUGUGCCGUUCAGGGACAUACAGUGUGCCCUCUACAAUGGCCGCCCUGUCCUGGGCACCCAGAAAACCUAUCAAUGGAUCCCCUUCCAUGGGGCACCCAACCAGUGCGAUCUCAACUGUCUGGCGGAGGGACAUGCCUUCUAUCACAGCUUUGGCCGUGUCCUCGACGGCACCCCCUGCAGCCCAGGUGCCCAUGGCCUCUGCGUGGCUGGCCGCUGCCUAAGCGCCGGCUGCGACGGGGUGCUGGGCUCGGGAGCCCUCGAGGACCGCUGCGGCCGCUGCGGCGGCGCCAACGACUCUUGCCUCUUCGUGCAGCGAGUGUUCCGUGACGCUGGUGCCUUCGCCGGGUACUGGAACGUGACCCUGAUCCCCGAGGGCGCCAGACACAUCCGCGUGGCGCACCGGAGUCGCAACCACUUGGCGCUGAUGGGGGUCGAUGGGCGCUACGUGCUCAACGGGAACUGGGAGGUCAGUCCGCCCGGGACCUACGAGGCUGCGGGCACCCGUGUGGUUUAUGCCCGCGCCGCCGCGCCGGAGGAGACGCUGCGCGCCACCGGGCCCACCUCCCAAGACCUGCUCCUGCAGAUCCUCCUGCAGGAGCCCAACCCCGGCAUCCAGUUUGAGUUCUGGCUCCCCCGAGAGCGCUACGGGCCCUUCCAACUGCAGACACAGGCCCGAGGCUGGCCGGUGCGGCAGCGGCAGCCGCAGCUGCGGGAGGUGGAGCCUCGGCCCCUGGAGGGUCCCACUGCUCCCCCAGCGCUGAUCCCCACCCUGGCCCCAGGUGAGGCGGGGCGCUCAGGGUGGGGCAGGCAAAGGGUGAGGCCUGUGCCCCUCACAGCCCCGCCCCCCACAGACCCCUGUCCACCCUGCCCCGACACCCGCGGUCGUGCCCACCGGCUGCUCCACUACUGCGGCAGUGACUUUGUGUUCCAGGCCCGCGUGCUGGGCCGCCACCGCCAGGCCCAGGAGACCCGCUAUGAGGUGCGCAUCCAGCUCAUUUACAAGAACCGCGGGCCACUGCGGAGUCAGGAGUAUGUGUGGGCACCUGGCCACUGCCCCUGCCCACCACUGGCCCCCCAUCAGGAGUACCUGCUGGCCAUCCGGCGCCUCCUCAGCCCUGAUGGCACACAGGACAGGCUGCUGCUGCCCCAUGCUGGCUACGCCCGGCCCUGGAGCCCUGCUGAGGACAGCCGAAUUCGUCUGGCUGCCCGGCGUUGUCCCCCCUGAGCCCCUGGAGGAGACCUACACCACGCCAGCAGGAAAGACCCUCUGAAGAGGCUCAAACUCAACAUAGUUCCCUUCUCACCUUGGCUUCAAGGGAGCUCAGAAAUAUCUUGCUCUUGCAGCGGUGUGACACCCUGCCACAGACAGACAACCUUUGUGUGGAGUCAGAUCCAGCUGCAAGCAGGCGGGCACCGGUGCAGACGCACUGGGACUGAGCGGACUCACCUCCCCUCUCGCCUUGGCUUCCAGGAAGCUCUUAGCUGUUUUACACUCAGAAAUGUUGUGUCUGCUUUCAUCUUCCUUGCUUCAUACUUGCUUAGAGACAGGGUCACAGACAAGCGUGUCCCAGGAAAACAUGCAUAAUAUGACAUUGUAAUGUGUCCGCUCCCCUGCUCUCCCUGAGCACCGGGAAGCUCCUCCCUGUUAACUCCCUAACACCCUGUGCUCACUUCUCUCUCAGCCACUCACAUACCCCUGCCCCUAUAUUCAAAGACACAGGUACAAACCUGCAUGCCCCUUAGAAGACAUGCCAAACCAGGACCAUAAUCUACUGGUUGCCCCUUUUUCCCUGGGACCAGGAAACUCCAAGAUAAUCCUGACAACUUCAGUAAGUCGGCUGGGUUUCCUCCAGUUAACAGACUAGCAUCCACCCUUUCUUUGAUUUUUUUUUUUUUUUUUUUUUUUUGACACAGGAUCUUGCUAACCGCCCAGGCUGGUGUUGAACUUGCCAUCCUCCUGCCUCAGCCCCUGGAAUCUCUGGGAUUACAAGUGUGCACCACUGUGCCCCACUUGACCCCUUUUUUAUUCUUAAUUUUUAUAAAUGCUUCCAAAAUAACCACAACAAAACAAGAACUCCCCAGUCAACAUAUUCAGCCAUGGGAACUAGGGGACCCCUUGGUAGAACCUCAGGGUGUGCUCACAGGGUCACACCCCUCCCCCUCCUGCAUGCCAACCUUCAGGGGCAAGGACAGGAAAUACAUGGGGCUGUGGGACAAAGGGGCUCUGAUAGGUCCUGAGACCCUCUGCAUGCCCCGAGUUCUCUCUGGAGAGGGAGCAGGUCAGAGCCCCCUGCCCCAUGUUCUCAUACCAUCUCCAGUCAGGGGGCCAUACCCUGGGGUGUGUAUUGGAGGGUGUCUGCAGGGGUCACAUGGUCACUCAGCAAACCUCACCCCUGAUGGAAGCCCGUGCUGUCAUUUGGGACAAUUUGCUCUUCUAAGGCAAGUGGGGGGCCUGGGGUGAGGGACUGUCUGUUCUUCCCUCUUCCACAAGGGUCCCCUCCAGGGAGCAGCCCUGCAGGGAAGGGCAGGGUGCAUGUCACUGGACUCAGCCCUGACCUCACAGGUGACCUCCGGCCGGCCCUGCCCCUCUGUGGGUACCCUUUAAGCCCCUCCUGGAUCUGGCCAUGGGAUUAACAUUCUCCCGGAACCUUUCCUUAGUCCCUUUAUUUGUUCACACCUUCCCGCAUGGACUAUUUAUUGAGCACUACUGUAUGCCAAGGCCCCAAUACUUCCUGGACCAGCCCAGGCCUGGGGAGCAGUGGCUUCACUACCUACCGCCUCGGGUGAUGGUGGGAGGCCUGGGGCGCACGGGCCAGCACCGCCUGGCGGCACCGCAAGGCUCUAGGCCCCCACGUAGGCAUGAGCAGUGGCCACCCAGCUGGGUUUCCUCGGUGUCCUGGCGGAACUAUGUGUUUCCAGGGAUGUCCCCAGCAACCAGAAAUUUCCAUGAACACUGCUCUCGAUUUUCUCUAGCUUUAAACAAACCAUUGAAUAGAGAUGAAGACAUUUUAGUCCCAAAGAUAGUGAGAAAAAGCAAUAUAGGUUCACACAGAAAUGCAGCAAGAACAGUACACUGUGGUUGGUUUACAGGGUAGGUGACUGAACCACAAGAUCCCAGCAGCCGGCCCACCUACCUCUUGCCCUGAGGUGAGCAGUGCAGAUGUCACAAUGGGAACCUGCCCCAGGGAGCCCGCUCCAUGCAAGCCCGGGCCGGAUUCACUGCUGGGCCCUACAGAGGCACUGAACAAGCUGUGGUUGCAACUUGCGCCCCUGUUGGUGAAGGAAGAGCAGUCAAGCCUGUCCCUGAGACCAAGUAAAGGGAUUUUUUGGGCACCAGUAUUUUAACGGUACUGCAGAAUUUCAGCAUGGUGAACAGAUGGGAUUUGGACACUUCUGUUGUCAAUUCUCUGCAGGCAGCACCACCUGUUGCCUGCAUGGGCUGGUCACUGCCCAAACCCUGCUCCCCUGUCACCAGGCAGCAUGUGUGGCCCAGGGAGGCCACUUGCCCAAACAGCCACCUCCCAGUCACAGACUCACCUCGUGGGCCAGGGUUGGAGGUGGGCCAGCAGGACCCCACUCACUGCAGGAGGGGCAUAAGGUUGACAUCUUUGCUUUAAAAACCAAUUUGAUGGCAGAGCAUCGUGCCCACACCUGUCAUCCCAGCUGCUCACCUUGAUCCCAGCUACUCUGGAGGCUGAGGCAGGAGGAUAGUAAGUUUGAGGCCAGCCACAGCAACUUAGUGAGACCCUGCCUCAAAAUAAGAAAUAA